UUCUACUUCCGCUGUAAACAAAAAGUAGAGAAAUAUGUCGACUGUUCAAGUGUUGUGUCCGAACGGUAGACGGCAAAACGUCAAGGUGACACCAAAUACAAAAUUGUUACAGGUACUAGAAGAAGUGUGCAAAAAGCAAGGAUUUCUUCCACCUGAAGACUUCACUCUUAAGCAUGGAAGAAAACCUGUGGAUGUCACACUGUCCUUAAGAUACUCCAACCUCCCUAACAAUGUCAAGCUAGAACUAGUGAAGUCAGAGUCUAGUCGAGAGGAACAAGAUGUUCUGAUAGCCUUACAGCUGGAAGAUGGCCAGAGACUGCAGCACACAUUUCCCCCGGCUACUUCACUGUGGGAUAUAUUACAGCACUGGGAGAAUGCUGACAGUACACACAAGGGAAACCUCUGCAAAGUCGAUCCCUCCACCAAGCCUCCUACCCAGACAACUUGUAUCUACAUGAGGGAGGAGAUUAUAGGUGAAAUUGCACUACAGUCUAUGACUCUAAGGAAACUUGGUUUGACUGGUGGAAAAGCUGUUAUAAGGCUUGUACAUAGACCAGUGGAUGAUUCAAUAAUGGCUGAAAUUUUAGAUAAAAUAGAAAGAGAGAAAACAAAAUUACAGAAACUUGACUUGAUGGCUCAGAGGCAGCUAUCUCAACAGGAGGGGAAAUCUGAGGACCCUGUCCAGUCCAAGGAGGCUCAGUCAGUGGACAAGUCUUCAACAGCUGAGGACAAAACAGAGGGACCUAAGAACUCUGCUAGUCGAACAUCAGAGGCCAUGGAGGUUGAUGCAAAACAAAGUGCUUCUGUGCCCAGUACAUCACAACAGCAACAGCCAAUGGAGGUAGAGGAUAAAAUUGAAACUGAAGGUCACAGGGCAAUGGCAACAGGCCAAGGUCAAGGUCAAAGUAAUCAGCAGCAAGAAUUUGCAGAGACAAUACGACAGAUGAAUAUUCCUGGAGUUCAGGUGUUUUCUCCUGGGGAUUUCCAUGAAUUAUCUGCACAGGAACAAGAGGUUGCCCGGCGUCUAGCAGCUCACUACAUGCCACUAAUGGGUUUACACCCUUCACCAGAUCAGCAGAAGGCAGCAGCAGGGUCGAAACCAAAGAGAGGACGACCUCAGGAAGCUCCCAUGUUUUCAGAGUUCAAGUUCCCAGAAGAAACAAAAGGAAAAGAGGUUUAUAAAAAUGAACUAAGUGAGGUUAACAGAGAAGAAUAUAAGCCCUGUGACAGACAAGCUGUGUUGUUCAAUGCAGAGGAAACUACAAGAACCGCAGCAUCAAAUGAAGAUCUCCCUGAUGAAUUUUUUGAAAUUAAUGAAAAUGACAUCAAGAGAAUGAUGGUGGAUCUACAAAAGAAAGUUGAAGCUGAUCAGCCAUUGCUCACACGGUCGAUGAUUCAGGAGCGACUGGAAAGUAAAUACGCCAAGUACCAGCAGGUGGUGGUUCGUGUCCAGUUCCCAGACAAGGUGGUGCUACAGGGGCUGUUCCGACCCAAGGAGACCGUGUUUGCACUACACAAGUUUGUAAGAGGCCAUUUGGAAGACAAAAGUCUGAAAUUUUAUCUAUACACAGCACCCCCAAAGCAGGUCCUAAAAGACCAAACUCUGACUCUUAUCCAGGCAAAACUAGCACCUGCAUCUGUGGUGUAUUUUGGAUCUGAAACAACUAAAGAUCACUACCUGUCAGAAGCUGUAAUGAAGGAAAUUGGUCCCAAGAGUAAAGCUGAGGACAUAGUAGAAAACUGUCUUUCUAAAGACGAUACAUCCACUUCAACUGGAACAGACUCUAACCCAGGUCCAUCUAAACCAAAACCCUCAAAACCCGCCUCCAACGCAUCCAGCGACCCCAAGAAGCCGGGCGUCCCAAAGUGGUUCACUGUCGGAAAGAAGUGAGGAUUUUUCAGUGAUAUCAGCGAAGCUGAAGUCAAGAAAUCUAAGUGCUGCCUCACAGUUCCUAUACACCGACUGCUUUUUGACAAUAACAGAAAUCAAUCAGACAUUGUCUCAUAUCUAUCGAUUCAUUUACUCGUUUUUCAUCCUUGGAGUCUCAAUAAAAGUGCUUUUCAUCA